AUGCGACCUUUCCUAGAAACAACUGAAUAUUUCAAAGCAUCUGAACCGAGAACUACAACAAAAUAUAUUUUACUUUGGACUGAUCCUAACUUACAUCCCUUCGUUUAUUUCGGGGAAGGAAACAGUGUUUUUGCUAAAGCGAAAUGUGAAUAUACUAAUUGCUAUGUAACAAGCAACCGAGAGCUACUGAGGAAUUCAGCAGAAUAUGACAUUAUUGCAUUCAAUGGCCCACAGCUCGAUGUUGCAGAUCUACCGAGGCUUCGGUCAUUUCGACAAAAAUAUGUAUACGCUAAUAUCGAAGCAGCUGCUAACUAUCCCAUUUGCACAGACGAUUGGAAUAACUUUUUUAACUGGACGUGGACUUAUAAACUAAACUCUGACGCUAUUUGGGGAUACAUUGUGGUAAUGAAUUCAAGUAACCACAUCAUUGGACCAAGUUUGGAAGUGGAUUGGAUGAGCGUAGACGAUAUGGCUCCUAUUGACGACGCGUUAAAACAAAAACUAGAGACUAAAUACAAGGCGGCUGCUUGGUUCGUAUCAAAUUGUGAAACAGCAAGCAAAAGAGAAGAGUUUGUGAAUGAACUGCAAAUAUUUUUAGGUGACUUUAAUUUGAAAGUUGACAUGUACGGGGCAUGUGGAACUUUUCAGUGUCCAAAAGAGAUCAUGAGUAAAUGCUUACAGGAGAUUGAAAAGAACUACUACUUCUUUUUAGCUUUUGAAAAUGCUGUAAGUGAGGAUUACGUCACGGAAAAAGUUUUACUCGCCCUUAAUCACUACACCGUGCCCAUUGUUUAUGGUGGAGCUGAUUACUCGAGGUUUUUGCCUCCUGGUUCAUAUUUAAAUGCUAAAAAAUUAGGAGCUAAGAAUUUAGCCAAAGAAAUGUACGAUAUUAUAGAAAAUCGUGAAAUCUAUUAUAGAUACUUUAGAUGGCGGCAAUACUACAGUUUCGGCCGGAGAUUCGAAAAUCCAGAUUCUAAUGAAUACUGUAGAUUCUGUGCUAUGGCCAACGAUGAAAAUCUUAUGAAAGAAACCAAAACGUAUCAUAAUUUCAGUUCUUGGUGGAGUCCAGAGAUAUGCAACUUUACGGCAAUGUCGAAAUAA